UCCAGUCCUCGCGUCCGCCCGCCUCCUAGGCUCGAGCUCUAGUCGAUCUAUUGGUCCACAGGGCCUGUGCCAGGCCGGUGCCCAUGGCAGCUUCGGCAGCUCUGUCGGCAGCGGCAGCAGCAGCCCUAUCGGGCCUGGCGGUGCGACUGUCGCCCUCCGCCGCGGUCCGCGGCUCCUACAGCGCCUUCUGCAAGGGGCUCACGCGCACGCUGCUCACCUUCUUCGACUUGGCCUGGAGGCUGCGCAUGAACUUCCCCUACUUCUACAUUGUGGCCUCCGUGAUGCUUAACGUCCGCCUGCAGGUGCGGAUCGAGUGAGCGC